UAACAGCAGGCACGCUUAAGAGUGCAAGUAAAAUUAUGCAGCCUUGAAGUUUUCUGUCCUCAAAUGAGAAAGUUGACGGACUUUAAUUUGCGGAUAUCAGUUAUAGCUCCUGUCGGAGUAUGUGAGCGAGGUGAUGAGAGUUUGAACAGCUGGGUGAAGUGUUUUUAAUUAGCUGGUACCUUACGCUCUGCUGCUACGCUGCUGUAGUAGUGGUAUCUGGUGGUUGCAGUUUAGCAAAGUCUCAACUGGGUGACCAAGCAAAGUGUGUGUGAGUGUAUGGUAUGUGCGUGUGGCUGGCCAAAGCCACAGAAGCCUCAUUGACCAGCGUACGACAGUCAAUACACAAUGAGAGCAGGCCAGAGAUCUCGCCUCUUCUCUCGCUCCCUCACUGUCCUGCUCGUUCAGUUGUCCAUUCUGCUGUCCCUCUGCUCCCAGAGCCAGGCGGUGCAGGCUGAGAAUGUGACAGUUCUCGAAGGCGGCACAGCGCAGAUCUCCUGCCGCCUACAGAACUACGACGGCUCCAUAGUGGUCAUCCAGAACCCACGUAGGCAGACGCUGUUCUUUAACGGCACGCGAGCUCUAAAGGACGAGCGCUUUCAGAUGGUGCUGUUCACGCCACGCCUGGUGCGCAUCACGCUGAGCAAUGUGAGCGUUUAUGAUGAGGGCGGCUACUUCUGCCAGCUCUACACGGAUUCUACGCACCACCAGGUGGCCACGCUGUCAGUGUUGGUGCCCCCGGAGGUGCCUACAGUGGAGGUGAAGAACGAGGCGGUGGAGGGUGGAGAGGUGGAGCUCACCUGUGUGUCUGAGAGGAGCAAACCCCCCGCAACGCUGCGCUGGGUCCGAGACCGCAGAGAGAUUCCCGGUGUGGUGUCUCAGCAGGAGAACGGAAAGACUGUGAGCGUGUCCAACACCAUACGGCUUCCCGUGGAGAGGAAGGACAAUGGUGCUGCUCUCAGCUGCGAGGCUUCCCACCCGGUACUCGUAGGACAGAAAAGAGUCCGCCAUUACCGCCUGGAUGUCCACUUCGCCCCCACGGUGAGGAUCAGCCCCCCACAGGGCAUUCUGCGAGAAGGGGACUCGCUCAGCCUUACCUGCUCCGUCACUGGAAAUCCACUGCCACGGGACAUUCUCUGGUCACGAGUGAACGACACUCUACCUGAGAGGGCGGAAAUUUCCGGUACCACCCUGGUCAUGUCUCGCCUUAGCCAAACACACAAUGGGACCUACCUGUGUCAGGCACACAAUAAUUAUGGCCGUGCAGCUGACCAGUACACAUUGCUGGUAUAUGAGAGUGUGUCUGUGUUUGUCAGUCCCACCUCCCACCCCAUCACCUCCACCUCCCUCUCAUGGACACCAAAAGACCCUGGGGCAGUGGUGGAGACUCACAGCGCGGUACCUUACCCAAUUAUAGGGGGUGUGCUGGCUCUACUCGUCUUCACCAUCAUCUGCGUGCUCAUUGUAACCAUCUGGUGCUCGGUCCGACAGAAAGGUUCGUACCUCACACACGAGGCGAGUGGCCUUGAUGAACAUGGCGAGGUGCAGGAAGCAUUUCUCAAUGGAAACGAUACCACUCAAGGCAAGAAGGAGUAUCUACUGUAACGGCUUCUGGAGGAUAGUCACGGAGUGCAUAUCACAAAUCCAACUACAGACACACACAAACACAUACACACAUGUACACACAUACGCCUGGCGGAAAACCACUAUAGCAGUGCCAUGGAAAGGAGAGAGAGAGAGAGAGAGAGAGAGAAGGACAGGCCUAAUUAAGAUUGAAAGAGAGAGCGAGAGAAAUCAAAACCAGAAAAAGCACCAACCCUACACACCCACACACACUUUCUAUUCAGCAGUAAGUAGGAGGCAGAACCGAAUAGCCAUAACUCACGGGCCAGCGGAGCAGCAACGACUUCCAACCUAUUGGCUUUGCCGAUAAAUAGAGCACAUGACCUAGAGCACGCCUGAUUACAGCAUCGUGUGCAUCACGCUUCUUCCCUUAUAUGCCGUCGUAUGUACACUGGGCAUUCACCUGGUACUGGACCUCCUUCAUAUUCCAUUAUCAGGUGUUUAGUAGUACACACACGUGCACAGAAUUGCCUCUUAUCAAUCCCUGAGGGACGGCUCUUCUCUUUGAUCAUCUCUCAGCUUCUCGACAUCUCUCCUGCUCCUGCUUUCUGCCCUCUCUCUCUCCUCCUUUUGUUUAUAAUUAAGCAGUCAGAAGAGCCACGAGGACGGGACGAAGCAUAAUUACAAUGAAGUGUUAUUGGGAACGUGUAGAAGAGGCUGAAAGGAGGAAAGUGUAGUAAAAUAAUAGUCCGAAUAUGUGUAAAUGCUAUAGAUCUCUUUAUAUGUAUAGACACACACACACAUGCGCAAACACAAACAGGCACACACUGACACUAUGAAACAUAUCUCUGAAGUCAUUAUUUGUAUAAAAAAAAUCCAGUAAAUUAAAUUAAUCUUUUAAGAAGUGAACAAGAAAACAAGGUUUACUUUUGAGCAUAUUACCAAGCGAUGCUAUUAUACUAACACGGAAGAUUAGCUUAGAGAAAUACGAACAAAACCCAGUUGUGCGAUCUUUAAAAAAAAAAAAUGGAGAAAACGAGAAAAAAAAUUCGAUAUAUUUCAGUUGUCUUUGAAAGAUACUUUGUUUUAUAUUUGUUAUUAUUUGGACUAUGAUUGUUGUUCUUGUUAAUAUACUUGUAAAUGUUUUAAAUUGUAUAAACUUCCCAUGGUUUUGUUGCAAAAUCUCGAAAGUGGUGUCUUUCUGCUUUUUUGACGCUCUUUUAUCCUUUUGUUGUUGCUUUUUUUUGUUUCUCCUUCGCUCUUUCUGUCAUCGUCUAUGUGCCGAAUUGUCCGUGUCUUUCCUUCCUUCCUGUCUUUUACUCAUGAUUUUUUAAUAGUCUUCACGUCACUGUUGAUAUAGCUAACUGUGUUUCUUUAUAGAGGAAAAGUUACAGAGCACGACAAAAACAAAAUAAAACAUUACUCCAAAA